GUUAAACUUCAUUCUUAGAAAGUCAUAAAUGAAUUCUUGUACCAUCUCAUUUUCUCAUUACAAACUUUGAGAAAAAAACAGCACAGGGAAGCAACUUUUGCAAUGAAAUCAGGCAGGAUAUUUGUGUUGUUUCUUAUGUUACCUAUUGUAACAGUAGAGACAGGAGUCUUUGACUUUUUCAGUGGGUUUUUUGACAACGACAAAUUACGACCUUUUAAUUCUAAAGGGUUUGGGAAAGAUCUAAGGAAGUCUCUAUAUGGGCAGCACAUUGCAUUGGAAACGAUACUGAAAGCUGUGUCCGGGUUUAUGAAGGAUUCAAAUCCACCAAAACCACUCGUGCUUUCUUUACAUGGACCAUCAGGUGUGGGAAAAACUUAUGUCACCAAGAUCAUUGCAAGGAAUAUUUAUGAAAUGGGGGAAAUGAGCAAACACGUCCACACAUUUAUUACCACAUAUCACUUCCCACACAAAACGCAGACGGAGUCAGCCAUGUAUGAAUCUCAACUUAAACAGUGGAUUCAUGGAAAUGUGUCAAGUUUUCCUCACUCCAUGUUUAUAUUUGAUGAAAUGGACAAGAUGAACCCACAUCUGAUAGAGGCUAUGAAACCUUUUCUGGACUACAUGCCCCAUAUAGAUGGAGUGUCAUUCAGGAAAGCAAUCUUCAUUUUUCUCAGGUGGUGCAGUUCAUUUGUAUAGAUUUGGGGUUAUUAGGGAUCUGAGAAAGACUCUGGCUGUGAUCAGAGUGCACUUACUUUAAGUCGUAAUGUAAGUAAUGAAAGACCUAUUCCACAAAGAGUCCAUGAUAAACUGUAUCUAUUUACAGUAAUGCAGGUCAGGAUAAGAUCGUCAACUUAGCUCUGGAUUUCUGGAGGAAAGGUAAAGUCAGAGAAGAAAUGCAGAUAAACACUGAGGAAAUGGAGACUCAUAUUUAUGAACAAAUC